AUGCAGCAUGAACUGAAUGUGUUGGAAACAAUCACUGCCAAUAUGAGCCUGGAUGAUACUAUCAUGAAGCCCAAGAUCAUCGCAAACGAUGGGCACCUGGUCAUCGAAUCCGCGGUAGAUCGAAACAUAUCCAUCCUGUUGAAAGGUAACGGAUAUCUGAAUGUCGGCGAUUUAAGCUUAGGAAAAAUGAUACAGAGCCUGGUCAACGUGUCGGCAGCGUUCCCCAGCGAUACCGUAAUGAUUGGGGCGGAUUCAUCUCAACUCCAGUUUCUGAUGAAUAUCGUUAAGGGUCCAUUCGGUUUAGUGAAACGUGUUAGCGCUUUAGAAAAUGGGUCAUCAGAAGCUGAUGGUCCACGAGCACGGGGUCGUCUUAAUAAUAUAAACAGACGUCUACAGGCGGUGGAACGGAAGGUCGCUAAUUUAAUGACCAAACUGCGAGAAAAUAACUGUAAAACAAGUCCUUGUCAAAACGGUGGCACGUGUUUAAGUUUGUUUGAUUCUUUCGUGUGUCAAUGUCCGAAAAACUGGGAAGGUCCCACUUGCGCUACCGACGUAAACGAGUGCGCAGAGUUUGCUGGUACUGAUCUGGGUUGCCAGAAUGGAGCGACCUGCAAGAAUACUCCCGGAGGUUACAGUUGCAUAUGUGCUGGUGGAUGGCAAGGAAUCCAUUGCAACAGUCGUACCAAAGAUUGUAUGUCUUCGGGAAGCGAACUCUGCGGCCAUGGCACCUGUGUACAGACGAAGGAAGAACCCGGUUAUAAGUGCAUUUGUGAACAGGGGUGGAAAACGAAUGGGGUGAUGCCCGCUUGUACGGUAGAUAUUGACGAGUGUUUGGAAUCCAAGCCACACUGCUCCAAAGAUCCGGAUGUUAGCUGCAUAAAUCUUCCUGGCUCUUUUAUUUGUGGUGGUUGUCCUUCAGGGUUUACCGGAAAUGGAUUCUACUGUGUGGAUAUUGACGAGUGUCAAACGAAUAAUGGAGGUUGCAGUACGUCUCCAUCGGUGACUUGUAUCAAUUUGAGGGGAUCGUACAAAUGUGGAAAUUGUCCACCAGAGUAUACUGGCGAUGGAAAAACAUGUUUGGCCAAAAGUAGCCGAUGCACUCCUGGCCUUUGCCAUCCAUUGGCACGAUGCAUGGACUACGCAAGUGGAGUUAUAUCAUGUCUUUGUCCACCAGGUUACCAGGGCUCCGGUUAUGGGCCAUCUGGAUGCAUCAGAACACCCAUGAAUCCAUGUCUAUUUAAUCCAUGCAAGAAUGGAGGAACAUGCACAGCCAUAGGCAACAACUAUACUUGCAGCUGUCCUCAAGGAACAGCACCGCCCAAUUGCGCUAGACUAACAUCACCCUGCGUGGCAAAUCCGUGCUUGAAUGGAGGAACGUGUACUCCAUUCUUAGAUCGAUACGUAUGUAGUUGUCCAGCGGGCUACACAGGAAUCCGUUGUCAGGGAACUUCGCGGGCCUGCGGUGGUAUUCUAGAUUCAUAUUCUGGCAUUCUAAAGUAUCCAAUCGACAACGGUACCUAUAAUCAUAAUGCUAGAUGCGCAUGGUUGAUUAAAACCAAUCACACCAAGAUUUUGAACAUUACCUUCACACAAUUUCAUCUGGAAGGUUCUAUUUCUACUGGAGAGUGUAAAUUUGAUUGGUUGCAGAUUCACGAUGGUAAAACUUCGGCAGCUCAUAACAUUGGCCGAUUCUGCGGUAAUACCCUACCGAAUGGCGGAAAUCUUCUGUCCACCCAUAAUUUUCUUUAUCUCUGGUUUCGGUCGGACAACAGCACAGCUCACGAUGGUUUUGAACUGAGCUGGACAAGCAUUGAUCCGGUUUGCGGUGGGGAAUUAACAGUUAAAAGUCACGGCGUGAUUGCUUCACCUGGAUCACCCGGAAAGUAUCCACCCAAUCGGGAUUGCAAAUGGUUUCUCACAGCACCACCUGGGAAGCGUUUACAGUUUCACUUUUUCACAAUGAAACUGGAGCUGCACAAUAGUUGUGAGUACGACUUUGUUCAGAUUAGCGACGGCUUACGAGAUGAGUCUCCUGUGUUGGCGAAAUUCUGUAAUACUACGCAUCCAGAACCCCUAGUGACUCCAAGCAAUGAAGCGACUGUAUAUUUUCACUCGGAUGAGGAUAACAAUGAUGCAGGGUUUCAGAUUAGUUACUCAGUGAUUGAAGGAGUUCCUGGCUGUGGAGGAGUUUACACUAAAUCUGAGGGAGAGAUCAACUCUCCUACCCGGUACAAUGACAAUUUGUAUCCGCACAACUUGAAUUGCGAGUAUCUAAUUCAGAUGCCACAGGGAAGUAAGAUUGAAGUUAAGUUCAAUAGAUUCCAUUUGGAGUCUAGCGACUCUUGCAAAUUUGAUUAUCUCGAUAUUUUUGAUGGACGAACCCCAGAUGAUCCUUCACUUGGAAGGUAUUGCGGUGAACGUAUGCCAGCUUCUUUUUCAACGACCUCAAACUAUUUGCUGAUCAAAUUCCGAACAGAUUGGUCCUCCUCACAUAGUGGGUUUUCGUUUAACUACAAAGUACAAUGCGGAGGAGUAUACUCAGAUACAAAUGAGGAGAUUAUAAGUCCUGCUUAUCCAAAAGCAUACAGUCCUAAUCAGCAAUGUGAUUACACGAUACAGGCUCCAGUAGGAAAGGCGAUUCUUCUAGAUUUCAGUGACUUUGACAUUGAGGGUAACUCCUACCCGAACUGUGAUCUAGAUUAUGUUGAAAUCUACGAUAGCUACGAACCUAGCAAUAGUUCUCUCAUUGGACGCUAUUGCAGUGCAAAAGUUCCGCCAAGGGCAAUAUCGACAUUAAACGUACUGACGAUGCGUUUCGUAUCGGAUCUUUCGAUUGCUGGACGAGGUUUCAAAGCUAACUUCUCCUACGUUGACGUAGCUUGCGGUGGUGUGAUCACCUCGGAAGACACAACCAUUCGCUCUCCAUCGAUAGCGGACCAGGGAAACUAUCUGCCCGACUUGGAUUGUCGAUGGUUGAUAGUGGCCCCAAAAACACAUGCCAUUCAAUUAACGUGGAAUAGUUUUGAACUGGAAAAAAGUACUAGUUGUAUGUAUGAUUUUGUCGAAAUUUACGAUAAUUCAACCCAGAGGAAUGUUUCGAUUGGACGAUACUGUGGAAUGGUUAAACCGCCAGCGAUUACGAGUGCCGGAAACAUUGUAACGAUUCGGUUUAAGACGGACAGUUCCAACUCGAAGGAUGGCUUUAGUUUAUCGUUUAGGUUUGUGGAUGUACAAAAACUUUGUGGCGGUAACUUCUAUACGACUACCGGCGUCCUGAAGUCACCCGGCUACCCUAAUGACUAUCCGGCAAGCAAAUUGUGCGAAUGGGUGAUCACCGCUCCGAUGGGCCAGCAGAUUCGGUUGAAUGUUAAGAACUUUACCAUGGAGAAGCAUACCAACUGUCGCUUCGAUGGACUGGAGAUUCGAAAUGGCGGAUCGGUCAGUUCGCCGCUGAUAGGAAAAUAUUGCGGAACAGAUGAUUUCGAUGGUAUCAUAUCGUUUAGCAAUAAACUGUAUCUGAAGUUCUAUACGGAUUCUUCGAGGAACUAUCCAGGGUUCGAAAUCGAAUGGGAUGGAACUUCGACGGGAUGUGGUGGUGUUUUGACAUCUUCCAAAGGAUCUAUUAUCUCCCCUCACUAUCCGGAACCGUAUGGAAACAACGCUCAGUGUAAUUGGCGAAUUAGCGUCAGUGAAGGCUCAGCGAUCCAUAUCGUAUUUAUGGACUUGGAGCUUGAAGGUCAUGCGAACUGCAGGUACGAUUAUUUGGAAGUGUACGAUGGUCGUGAUGCAGCUGGUAAAAAAAUGGGACGAUUCUGCACGGUCGACACUGAUCCCGUUCAGUUGGAUACGAAAACUAACCAUGCGUUCAUGCGUAUGCGAAGCGACGAUACUAAUCAAGGCCGAGGCUUUCAUUUGAAAUACAACAUCCUUUGCAAGCGAAACAUUACCGGGUUUGGGGGCGUAAUUGAAUCACCGAAUUUCCCCAACAAGCACCCAAGUUCAGUGGAUUGCUCGUGGAUGAUUACCGUACCUCCUGGAAACAAAAUUGACAUAGAAUUUUCACACUUUGACAUUGAGAAUGGUAUGAUAUUCGAGAAGAACAACUCGCACGUCUGUAACUUCGAUUAUGUAGAAAUCAGCGAGCCACAUGAGGAUCGAGCUAUUUCUCAAAAGUACUGCAAUAAUAUGCCGCCGAAAAUCACCUCCAAAGGUUCCACCAUCCAAGUAGCCUUCCGAACGGACAGUAGUGGCGAGAACAGUGGCUUUCGAUUAGAAUGGCAGCUAAAUGGAUGCGGAGGUCUUCUAACGAAACCGAGUGGAACGUUCACUUCGCCGAACUAUCCCAAAGAAUAUCCGGUCAAUACGCAAUGUCAUUGGACUAUUUCGAUGCCUCCGGGUUAUGUGAUUGAACUGACGGUGUUCAACUUUAACAUGGAAUCGUCUGGCAAUUGUCGGUACGAUGGACUUUCGAUAUCAAACACAGAAGAUUUCAGCCAAAUCGUUACGGAAUUCUGUCAUACGCAAAGAGAAGCGGUUAAGGUUACCAGUGCUGGCCACAUGCUGUAUGUGAAAUUUUUCAGUGAUCAAACCUACACGUACAAAGGUUUUACAGCAUCCUACCGAAUGCUUGCUUCAAAAUGCGGUGGUAUUUUGAACGCUCAUCAGGGUUAUCUCUACUCACCCAACUAUCCCAAGAAUUAUCCCAGUAACGCAUCCUGCGAAUGGACAAUAGAGGUUGAUCCCGCCUAUACACUUCAGUUUUACAUUGAAGACCUCGGGAUGAUAAAAAGUCCCAAUUGCACUAAGGACUAUCUUCGUAUCUACGAUGGAACAGUUCGUGAUGCAACAAAAUUGUUACUGAACCUAUGUGACAGUGACUCCAACGUCACAUCGGUGAUUUCUAGUAGCAAUCAGCUGCUGGUAGUGUUUCAAUCGGAUGAAUUAAUAGAAGCCAAAGGAUUUCGGGCUAAUUACUCAACCAACUGCGGUGCCAAGAUUAACGUCCUACAGUCGGGAAUUCUGUCAUUGGAGAACACUUACAAGAUAAAAUCGGAAAACUGCACGUGGAUUCUUACGGCCAACCAGUUAACGCAACAUGUAACUCUGCAAGUGAUGCACAUGAAUGUAGUGGAGGUAGAAGGCAAUUGCCUGGCAAACCUUACGAUCCACGAUGGUGACGACAUCAACUCUCCCGUACGGUACAGCGGAUGUGGUAGCAAAGUUCCGCCAGCCAUCGUCAGUAAUGGAAACUCGUUAACGGUGCACAUCACUUCCGAUGACUUCAAUCUGUUUAAUAUGUUGGGCAUUCAAUUUGUAGCCAGUUAUUCCGUCCUAGAUAAUGCCUGUGGAGGAGACUUAACGUCCUUUGCGGGUGAAUUCGCGUCGCCAAACUACCCGAACACCUAUCCGAUGAAUGUGGAAUGCACCUGGCAAUUGACGGCGUCUCCUGGCAAUUCACUACGGUUGUAUGUCCAGUCGUUGAAUAUCGUGGAGUCGGAUCACUGCAACACGGACUACCUGGAGGUGCGCGAAAAUUCCGGCAGUGGAAAGCUAAUCGGAGAUUACUGCGGUGACAAUCCGGUGCUGAAUUUGACUUCUUCGAACAGUUUUUGGAUUAAAUUCAAAACGAGCAACCAAAGUGUUGCCAAAGGGUUUUUGGCCGAGUAUUCGUAUGACUUCUUCAACGAACUGAGUGGAAGAAGUGGAGUUAUCACAUCGCCAAUGUAUCCUCGAGAUUACGCUAGAAAUGAGGUUCAUACAUGGAGAAUUAUUGUCGACGUGGGCUCCGUCAUAUCGAUGAAGUUUAAGGUUUUCGAAAUUGAUGCCAAAUAUCUGGACACUUGUGAAGGACAACUUGAGAUCUUCGACGGUUACGAUGACACUGCCGAAGCGCUCAAGGAGGAACUGUGCGGCCUCACACCGCCGGAACCAUUCAAAUCCACGUCGAACGUAGUCUACAUCCGUUUGGAUCAUUCUGAUGCGAGUGGACCGUCGAAAUUUUUGCUGAAUUGGGAGCAAAUCGGUAAAGAAGACAAAUCCACAGCGACGACUAAUGAUGAACAUUUUUGCGGUGGCCAUCGGGUGAUUGCACUGUCCGAAAACGUUACCUCAUAUAAUCUUUCCUCGCCGGGAUAUCCCGACGGCUACCGAGCCCACUUGAAUUGCAGUUGGAUUUUCCAAUCGGCGGUUUCGACACACCAUCCACAUCUGCAACUUAAUUACGUUGACCUAGAGGAAACCGAUGCCUGCCUGUCGGAUUACUUGGAGAUAUCAACGUCAACCGAUAUGCUGACUUGGGCCGGUGCGGAAAGAGUCUGUACCUAUGGAUACCGAGUGAAGGCGCAGUUCCACGGAAAGCCCUUCUUGAAAGUGACGUUUAGAACAGACUACUUCAACAAUCGAACAGGAUUUACUGGCAUCGUGACACUACGGUGUGGAGGAAUGAUUACCGAACCAAACGGUGUGAUAGCUGUGGCUUCGAUGGCUAGUGAAAACCAAUCGAUCAACCGUAUGAUAGAUUCGGUGUGCAUGUGGAACAUAACCGUGCGGCCGGGUCGUAUUAUCGAGUUCCGAUUUGAGGCGAUUUCGAUCGUAAAGUCAAACGAAGGUUGCACCGGUUUCGUUUCCGUGAAAAACGGUAUAGAUGAUUAUUCUCCCACUUUGGGAACAUUCUGUGGUACGGACAUACCCUCGGUUAUGAACACUUCGAGUAAUCGAGGUUUCGUCAAGUUCAACACUGGUCACGUGAUAACUAACGAGUUUCGCUUAGCUUAUCGGGAAAUUGGUAUGCAGUGUGGUGGAAGAAUCGUCCUGCAGAAAAUGAAUUCCACGAUUAUAACAACACCAAAUUUCCCGGAGGUGCCAUACACCCAUAGUGAGUGUAUUUGGACAGUUUUGGCACCGGCUGGAGAGACUAUGAAGUACGAAUUUGAACGAUCUAAUCUCAAGUAUUCUGCGGGUUGUAGAAAUGAAUAUGCUGAAUUACGGGAUGGUGGAACAUCCAGUUCGAGACUGCUGUUGAAAAUGUGCAGUUCCGAUACGGUACCUUCACGAUUGACCACAUCCAACAUGUUGAGAAUUCGAUACUUCACCGAUAUCUCCGAUCCAGGAAAUGGGUUUAAGUUGAAAGUUAGUCUAGCUAAGUGUGGAGGUUCCGUACUCAGCGACCGUGGUACAAUACAGUCCAAAAACUAUCCGAUCCCUGGAGGUUACCCUAGCAAUACCGCUUGCGAGUACUACGUAGUGAGCAAAAUUAAUACUAUUUUGAAUGUAACAUUCCAAGAUCUUCAUUUGCCGAGUAACGCGAAUUGUUCGUUAGUUGAUAACAUCCGGAUCUACUCCGUAGUUCAAGGUGAAAACACAACCGAUGUUGAUCUGGGAGUGUUCUGCGGUACUCAGCUGCCAGGGUCGAUCAUAUCGGUUAACAAUCACAUACGAAUCGUGUUCACAACGUUUAAUCCGAACUAUUUUAAUCCGUACUCGUACCGUGGUUUCAAGCUUUCGUUCAAUGCUUCUGAAAACCGGUGUGGAAGUGAAAUUAACGCAGCAUCCGGGGACAUCAUUUGUCCGGGAUAUCCGGAUACCAGCUUGCGCUUCAAGCGCUUCUGCGAGUGGCGAAUCACUGUUCCGGAAGGCCGCCGAAUAAAGAUUGAGUUUAUCGACCUGGAUCUGUCCACCGUCAGUGCAACCUAUCUGCAGCGGUUGGGUUUCUAUCAUGGAUUUGAUUAUUCAUCUCGCAUCAAAUUCGUUAUGGGUGGCUACAAUAAGGAUCCAAUCUAUUCCAGUGGUAAUACGAUGAUGAUCAAUUUCUGGUCUCGGAUACCGUCCGCGAAUAGAGGAUUCAAGAUGCGCUUCAGCAGCGACGAGCCUUCGAUUUGUGUUGGUAAUCUAAAUGAAAAACAAGGAUUAAUUGCAACUCCUAUCAACCAGACCAGCUACAUGUGUGAGUACAAACGAACUUCCGGUGUAUUCUUUGUUGAAUCCGAGCGAAAAAUAGGCACAAUGGCGUUACGUUUUAGCAGCAUGAAAGCAGGUCAGUAUCGUAGCGCUUGUACCCUGAACACCAGAGGAAUCUUCAUUAAACGUCAGUCAGUAGUUGGUGAAAGUUACGCGUUUUUGAAAAAAUAUUGCGGUAAUGGAACUGAAUCCGAUUUGGUACGGUCGCCUUUCCCUCACAUAUCUAUCAUAGCGCGUCAGGGCAUUUUUCUGGGAGAGGUUAGUUUCAAGUUACAAUACCAGGUCAAUGAAUGCGGUGGAAUGUUCGGUAGUGAUUUAAACAACAUUUCGCGUCCAAUCAUACCAAGCAUGAACGGAGCGCUUGAUUGUGCCUGGUAUGUGGAUUACCCCGAGAACACAUUGAUUAAUAUAGAGUUUGAGAACAUGAGCUUCAAUCAAUCCUGCGAGGAGGAAUUCUUGCUCGUCUAUAAUGGCCCAACAACGAACAGUCCACUAUUGGGAAGUUUCUGUAAAGGAACUGCUACCGAGAUGAUUGUGACACAAGGACGGCACGUGUUUAUUGAAUAUCAUUCGGAGAAUUACAAUUCGAGUGGAAACUUCCAACUGAAACUGAGCCAAAUGAAUUCCGGCUGUGGCGGCACUCUGCAUAAGGACACAAAUGUUUUCGGAUCACCAAACGUUAAUGGAAAAUACCAACCAAACACGGAGUGUAUCUGGACGAUUCGUGCCGAUAAUGGUUACCACAUUGGGGCUUUUUUCAUCGGUCGAUAUAACCUGGAGAAAAGCCAGAAUUGCUCCAAAGAUUACGUUGAAUUUUUCGAUCGUGUUGGCAACGAAUGGGUCACUCUGGGUCGCGUAUGUGGAAAGGAAUCACCGCAGUCGUUGAACUCGACCGGUUCGCUGAUGAGAGUGGUGUUCCGUUCGGAUGCAAGCCUUGAAGGUGAUGGAUUUACCAUAAAAUGGGAGCAAAACUGCGGUGGUAUCUACACCGUUGACUCCACAACGAAUAUAAUGACCAGCCCCAGCUAUCCUAUGAACUAUCAGCGACUAACGACGUGUAAUUACACUUUCGUAUCGAAGGAAAAGGAUAACUUCAUAAAACUCAGUUUCCUAGAUUUCUCGCUAGAGGAUGGACCUCAGACGUCGAUCUGUAUGUACGAUAACAUUACCAUUUACAAGCAAAUGGAAUACGUGGAUCCGUUCCAAUGGGAAAAAUUCAAAACGUACUGCAAACAGGAUUCCCCGGGACGUUUGAGAUUCAAAAAUCGAGUGGCCAUUAUAUUCCGAACCGAUCGUUGGCUAGAGUCCAGAGGGUUCAAAUUCGAAUACCAACUGGACACAUGCGGAGGAAUAAUAACGGAAUCAACGCGAAUUGCAAGCCCGGAAGCUCCAGUGAAAAACAAUGGCUUCGGUAACACGGUGACCUGCACGUGGAACAUCACAAUCCCCCAGGGAAAGAAAGUAGUAGUUCGUUUUGAAGACUUCGAAAUAGAACAUUCGGAUGGUUGCUACUUUGAAAGUGUUGAAGUUUACAAGGGAUUACUGCGAAAUUCAGACCAAAAACUUGCCUCCCUGUGUGGAAAUCUAACGGCACAUGCUCCUGCUGUAACCAUCAAAAGCGAUCACGGUAUAAUUUACUACAAAACCGAACAACUUUCGACCGGACAUCGGGGUUUCUCGGCGUUGGUACUAUUCGCGGAAGACUGCGAUCGCGAGGUGACGUUGGACAAAACUUCCCGAGCCUACAAUCUAAACGUUCUUGGCAGCAAUAACAACAAACUGCAGGAUUGUCAGUACGUAUUUAAAGCACCAAGCGGAUACGGAAUCCAGCUUACUUUCGAUCAAUUCCACAUGGGAACGUCGAGAAACACAACAACGUGCAACGACAAUUUCGUUGAGAUUCGCGACGGUUCCGGACCCUUCGCCGAGCUGAUAGGCAAGUACUGCAACUAUACCCUACCUCCGACAGCGAACACCUUUAGUUCUUCAAUGUUCGUCCGUAUGGUCACCGAUUCGUCGCUACAGGGUACAACAUUCGAAGCGACCGUUUCGCUGGUGGAAUCUUCGUGCGGACCAGGUUAUUACAACCUUACCGACGGUCAGGUACAAAUUAUAAAAAGUCCCAACUUCGAAAAUGGGAAAUAUCCUCCCAACACGCGGUGCAUGUGGCUGCUGGAGGUAUCACCUGGGAAGAGUAUCAAUGUGGACUUUUUGGAUCUCCAGAUGCCGGAGUACAGUGAUGAACGCCGCGAGUGUCCCGAUCGAGUGGAGUUGUUUGACGCUAGUGUAAAAGCGUUCAUCUACGAGGGUCUAGGUGAAGACGUAAUCUUCCGUGGCUUGUCAUCUCACAGCGCUAAAUCUUCCUUCUAUCAUGGUACUCGCAAUCCGAACGCUCACCAUAUCUACUGUGGCAGCAACUACCUACCGGCAACGUAUCACUCCUCCUCCAGCAAGCUGUACGUAAAGUUUGAAAGCGAUAGUUCAAUUGAAGACAAAGGUUUUCGUCUAACCGUACAACAAAACCGAUUUUGCGUUAGAAAUUUCACUAGACUUCAAGGCCGUAUUAGUACCAACUAUUUGAGCAGGCUAGAAUCCUGCACUAUUACGAUUCAGGUCCCGGAAAACUAUACGAUUGCGCUAUACUUUGGUAUGUUUUACACAUACAGCAAUAACUGCGAGCAAGAAGCGAUCCGUGUUUAUGAAGGACUGGGCAAAGACAAGCAGUUGGGAAUGUUUUGCAGUUAUGGUACGCCCAAUCCUAUCUUCUCAACCGGAAACGCACUGACAAUAGAUAUCCCUGAGUCGAAAACGGAAUAUUCAACCACCGUUAUUGAUGCCACAUACGUGGCAACCGACCAGGGUAGAGGCUGCGGGGGAGAGAUAUUUAACUACGGAGGUUUCUUUAGUAGUCCAUUUUAUCCGAGCAACAAUCGGACACGCAUGGAGUGCAUUUGGACUGUUACGGUGCCGGUUAAUAUGCAUAUUGCGCUGAGAUUUGAUGUGUUUGAUAUGGGUAGUAAAACUACGUGCAGCACCGAUUAUCUGCAAUUGAUAGAGGUUAAAGGUGACGAAAGGAGAAUGAUCCGGCAGCAUUGCGGUGGGGACACGCCAGCCACCUUCGUCAGCGAGAGCAACGUUAUGCAAGUAUUAUAUAAGCAAACACAAAAUUUCGGCGGCACCGGAUGGCAGGCCAAGUUUAUGGCUAUCGAGAAAGGGGCGCAAGUUAAUGAUUAUUAAGUGCUUUUCCUCAUAUUAAAUCUUAUUAAAUUAUUGUAUUUAUUUCCUUAACAGAUAAACAAAAAACAAUCGAUUGUCGUAACUGUAAGAUCGAAUAG